AUGCUAGACCCGGAAGAGCAAGAGAGUCAAAUCGUGGCUCGGCUCCACAACCCACCGUCAGAUGACACGGAGCUUGAUGGGGAUGAUACUGCGCCUAGCCCGAAUGACCUUGACGAGGAACAUAAUAGUCUAAGAUACCGGGUGGACGAGACUCAGUUCGUCGCCAUAGAGCUUGAAUCUCAAGUCCAGGAGAGCAGCUUCUAUCGUCCCAUCAUGCGGCCCGAACCAGGUACCACCGACGACAUAUCUCAGGGCUUCAGGUUUGGCCUACCAGCCAAACCCGCAAUCGGUCGUUUUAGCUACGGCAGACCACAGAAAGAAACACUUGAUCGGCAUCAUAUUGACAGGGUCGCUGAUUCGGUGCCUGUCCAUCAGCCGAUCAACAUCAUCCGUGCCGAAGCUCCUCGUCCACGCCCGGAUUCCCGAUCAGUAGCUGCUGUUGAGAAGUCUUUAGCACAAACCGUACGGCCAGAGCCACUCACCAAGUCAAACUCAGCGGUAGAUCUAGAUCCAGGGACAAGAGUUGAAGAUAUUGGCUUCAACCAGAAGAAGAAAGGGGCGUCAGUCGUGUCUCGGAGACCUAAACUUAGGCAACAUUCCUUUUCGGAAGAUGCAAACACUCAGAGAUCUAAAACUCGAAGGCAUCCAUUUCCAGAGGUGGCAAACAUUAGUCAGUUUGAUCAGUCCAUUGAAACGCCCACAAGGCAUCCAGAUCAGCUAGUGAACUCGGACAACCACACUUCAGAUGUGUCUGCGCAUCUAAACCCUUCAUUAGAUGUGCACUUUGGCGCCGGUCUAUCUAGCCAACCCCAUAACGUCGCUAGACAUCACCCAGGUCUGCUAGAGACUGGUCGCAGCUCGACUCGAAACUCCUUUCCCGAUCAUGUCCCGAAAGCGUUAGAGACCAAUCACCAAUCAAACAAGUCCCGCGAUAUUAUUUUGCAUCAAGAUGAGCUCCCCAUGAAUAGUAGGCCAUUAUCGCGAAACUCCACGAGAGAUCAUUGCCCGGACUUCACUCAUCCUCCGUAUCUGCACCCAGAAUCCCAACUUCCAUCGCAGAUUUCAUGUGGGACGCAGUCUCGUCCACAGUCAGCCAGUAAUAUUCGAGUUGCUAUAACCAGGCCUCUAAAUCCUAGAGACCUUUUACCACAAAGUACUAUUGACUCCCCCACUCGUCAUUCCCAUCAUGCAGCCAAAGUCGGAAGGCCGACAGACAAGCACCAUGCGACUCGCACGCUACUUUCUAAUUCAACCGGCGGAAAAUCUACCCUUUGGAAUCAGGAACGAGCCGAAAUGAUUGCUCGAUACCCUUCCUUCUUAGAAGAAGUAAUGAAAUACAAGACAAUAGCGGAGGACUACCAAGCCAAGGAUGCGUAUAUCGAGUCGCAAGAGAAAGACAUUGAGAAGCUCAAGCGCUCAGAAGAUGAACUUAGAAAAAGAUCCGAAUCACUAGAAGCAGCGAAUCUUGCCCUGGAGGAGAGGGCUCGAAAAUGCACGGAACUCGGCUCGAAGUAUAAGGAACACAUGAACAAAGUCGUACAGUGCCAGGAAAUGCUAGUAACUCAGGCAAAGGACAUGCGAAAAGUUUCAUCGCAGGCCAUUGCUACCUAUGCUGCACAUCAGACUGCCUAUUCUAUAAAUGAAGCUGCCACCACGAAGAUCACGGAUGCACUCAAGGCCAUUAAAGAAACGCGGCUAGAAGUGGACAAAUCGGUAGCUGACGAGAAAUCUUUGCUGCUUAGCACGCAAAAAAGGACAGAAGAGAUAGCAAAGAAGCUUAAAGAGCAGCUUUCGGUUAAAUUAGUAGAUGCUUUGAGGACAAAUGACCUCCUAAAAGAAGACCUCCAGAAAAAUCUUAUAGAACUGUCCCGGGAGCAACACCAUUCCGAACAGCUUCACCUACAACUCUCAGGCCAGUUGAAAGCGCACAGGGAACUUGCUGAGCUUUUACGGAAGAUUCCAGUAGAUGUUGCCCAUCAAUUAACAGGAAAUGAAACUGUUUUGGGGCAGGUUUUGGCUUUAACAAACAUAACACAUGUUAAGCUUGAUGAGCUCACUACUGUUAUCGAAGACCUGAAUGAUCAUGAGCCAGAGCCACCGUCACUUUUAAGUGAACUACAAGCUUCGGAUAAUAAUAAAGGUGCUCGACAAGAGUGUAUCCUCAAAGAAUUUGAGGAUUUGAAGGUGCUGGUCCACCAAUUACAAGGCGACACUCAGGCUCAAAAUGCCUUCAACGCCCAGAUUUCCAAGCUACGCGAGUCCAAUGCGGCCCUAGAAGCUGAUAAUAGUGGCUAUGAACGGGAUCUCCAAAGUUUGGCCCGGCAGUUAGACGAGAUGCGGCAAGACUUUAGCAAUUGUCGUGAUCAAUUAUCGGUAAAAUCGCACGAUCUUGCGGUCCACCUUGCUCUCCCAAAAGAAGACCCGCGACAUGUCACUAAAAUUCAGGAGCUGGAAAGUGCGAACUCCGGCCUCCAUGAUCAGUUAAACUCUAGAACUGAAGAUGUAUUUAAAAUUGAGGAGGAACUGAGGUGGAUUCGAGAAGAACUCAAGGAAGCAGGAAACCAGAUGCAACAUCUCGAAAAGGAGAAGAAAGAACUUCAGGCAGCUCUAACAGCGGAAGUGGGACAUGCUAAGAGAGCCAAAACGGUAGACGAUGAAAAGCUGCUCAAGCUCAGUUCAACUACAAAAAAUCUAAGAGAUAUGUGCGCGGAUAAGGAUACACAGUUGAAGUCUAUCAGGGAAGAGCUACAAAAGCUUAGAGUCGAGAACGAACUUUUAGCUAAUAAUACCGACGCGCACCAAUCCGAGAGGGCGUUGCUCGAGGCGCAGGUGCUCAAAAUCGUAGAAUCCCAAGAAAGAUUGGAGACUCUAUGCGUAGACUCUGACACUCAGAAACGGAUAAUCGAACUUGGAUCGGUUGGCGACGACGUUCGGAAGCUCGCUACUCGAGUUAUUGAAAUAAGAGAUAGUACUGAUAAAGACAUCGAAACUCUGUCGACUGCCCAUUUAAAACUUGGCGACGACAUUCGGAAAUCAGAGGACGACAAUGCUUCGCUCUGGAAACAGAUCGCUGAACUACAAGUCCAAAGCAACCAAAUCCACAUGCCAUAUGGCAAUACCAAGAUUCCCCCGCCUGCCAGGUAUAAUAGCCAGGUCGGCUCUAUCCAGUCGCGAUCCCAACGGAAGGCGCUCCAGAGCAUCUUACCACCUAUGAUUCCAAAUCAAAAGGCUGCUGUCAAUCUACCAUCAUCGCCAACAGACUCCUUGUCUCCGCGAUCUCAGGCUCAUGCGGAAGAUGAUGCAAUUCUCAACCCGAAUCUUGGGUGUCCGAAGCGUGCUCUUCGCACUGCUGUAAACAGGAAGCUUCAGUCAGACUUAAAAUCCCACCAAGGAUCUCCUCACCCAACUUCACCGCCACAGCACCCUUCUAGCUGGGGAAAUUUAGAACAAUCCUGCCAGCCUAAUGAAAUUCCUGAAACUCAGCAAUCUAGUCCGCUCAAUGAAAUCCCUGAAACUCAACUCUCGCAAGAUACUGAGCUAUCCCUAUGGCCGGAAACCAACUUCCAGCGGCCGCAAGAGCUCACAUCUAAGCCAUCUACGAGGAAGGCAUCUAAUAGAAAAAGCAUCAGUAGCCGAUUGACAUGCCAACCUAAAGAGUCUAAGGUAACUACUCGGGAGGUACAAGACAGCCAAUCUCAGUUUCAGCAGCGAGGCACUACGUUAAUUCUGGGAAAUGGGCGCCAGAGUACCAGUUUCCAUGAUCCGUCGACCAAGGAGAGAGAAAUUACCACGUCAUAUAAUGAUGUAGAUGUUGGGCCUUUUAGCCGACUAGCAACACAAGAACGGGUACAGCGACCGGCUCUCGAUCAAACAUUGCCUUCGUCAACUCAGACAAUGCCAAUAAUGAGACCACCCUCAGCAGCGGGAUCUACUAUUUCAACUAUGAGCCCUUUGUCAGAUCUUGAAGAUAGGAUGCAUGAUUUGGAACGAGCGGAUGGGCAUGCGUCUGAUUGGGGGCACAACAAGGGAACCCCUAGAUCGCAUACCUGGACCACAGCUACAAAUCCAAAUCCAGAAAGUCAAAGAGUAAAUUCUUCUACAUCUCAGGCACUCAUAACACCUGGAAAGGCUACCCAAGCUCAGGGGAAACAAGCCAAACGCAGCGAGCCGAACCAUCGCCAGAAAUUAAAUCUGAAGAGCGCUUUGAAGUCGAACCCCUGGGGUCCUACCAUUAAUGAAUCGAGUGCUAGUGCCGUUAAAGAUCCUUAUGAGAUCCCCAAGCUCCAGCCUCUACUACCAAAUCCCACAUCACAGAACAAGGUUGUUGGACAAAACAUCAACAAAGGCCGUUCGUACAAGCGCGUUGUGGAAGGCAACCAUGGCAAAUCCAGCACCUCCACCUCAAUCUACACCCAUCACCCUGCCAUACCUCAGCAGUCUCCCAUGGCUGGAGUACCUCGUCGCAACAGGAGUAAUAGAGCCAAAAGACAAUCAGAGACAGAUGCUUCCGACAGACCAUCCAAGGUUCCAAGGAUUUCGCUACCCAUUGGCGGUCUUGUGCAUCAGUCCUAA